UCUAGUGGAAAAGACGCUCGAAAGCAAACAUCGCGGUUGCCAAAAUACACGGAUGCACAACUUCCUGCCCGGGAAGAUAAUAUGGAUCGAUGUCCGGUUCGGUUGUUUGAAUUGUUCUGCGCACGUCGCCCGGCAUCUGCGUGCAGUCUGAAUACACCGUUCUAUUUACAACCCGAACGCUCUCCUCACCUAGCUGGGAAAACCAACACGGAUCAGACUGUGACUUGGUUCACUGCAAACGCAUUGGGCAAAAAUCGGAUCGGAGCGUUGUUGAAUGCGGCUUUGCAAAGCAUGGGCAUGCCGGUUCGACGUCAGGUCAAUCUGAUACGAUUCUGUGAUGUCUUAGCCGCGGCCGCUCUAACUCCCGCAGGUGGAGAGGCAGGUACAAGGUUGGUCGAAUUGAUGUCCGACACGCAAAUGAAUGCAACGGUAUUGGAUCGAGAAUUGACCGCCUGUGCGGAAUGUAUAGUAGACGAGGCUUGUCGACAUCAAUCAGUCCUACAUGACAUGCUAGUCCGUGCUUGCGAAUCAUCUGGAACUCUGGGAGUUUUAUCGGGUCGAAACUCUGGUGGAUUUGAGUUUCGUCCUGCACGUCCCGUAGAACAUCUGGCUCCUGUGAAGUUUGUGCCUAUUAGACCGGUUUCAGAUUGUUCUCGCACCAUUGCGAAUCGAGUUUCAAUGUCGAGUGAUGUAUCUCAAUCGGAUGGAUCAGUCACUAGGCCGACAACACUUUUCGUACCGAAGUAA